AUGUCUAGGCGGAGCAGCACGAUGGCGUCGAACUCGAACGGAAACAUCCCCAAGGACGUCCCGUCCUCCAACCCAGCAAUGGACAAGCAAAAGAUGCUUCUGUCUGCCGAUGUUGGACACUUUUCCCUCGUGCGCGCCAUGCACCUUGCCGACUUGAUCACCCUCCUGAACGGUGGUUGCGGUGUCAUGUCCAUCUUCACGUCGCUACGAUACUGCCUCGGCGAUCCCAGCGUACACGACAACAUUUGGCUUGCGCUCGUCUUCCUCCCGUUCGGCCUGUUCUUCGACUUUCUCGAUGGAAAGGUGGCUCGUUGGAGGAAGAAGAGCAGCUUGAUGGGCCAGGAGCUGGACUCUCUCGCUGACUUGAUCUCCUUCGGUGUCGCCCCAGCUAUGGUGGCCUUUACACUUGGCUUCCGCACCGUUGCCGACACGGUCGGCCUCACCUUUUUCGUUCUGUGCGGUCUCACUCGCCUCGCGCGCUUCAACGUGACCGUGGCUGUCCUGCCCAAGGACGCCUCGGGCAAGAGCCAAUACUUUGAGGGAACCCCGAUCCCUACCUCGCUUGGCAUGGAUGCCAUCAUGGCGUACUGGCUCUCGCAGGGCUGGAUCCAUGACAACCUGCCUUUUGGCACCUGGUUCCAGGGCUCUGCUCUUGAAUUCCACCCCGCCGUCAUCCUGUUCAUGAUCCAUGGCUGCCUCAUGACCAGCAAGACGAUCCGCAUACCCAAGCCCUAA